AUGCCGCGUUUCUUCUGCGAAUACUGCGAUGUCUACCUCACCCACGACUCCAUGUCGGUGCGCAAAGCACACAAUAGUGGUCGCAACCAUUUGCGCAACGUGAUCGACUACUACCAGCAGAUCGGCCACGAGAAAACACAAUCUGUCAUUGACUCCAUCGCCUCCUCAUACUCUGCCGAAGGUCUGCAACAGCCCAACCUGAACCUGGUUCAGCCUGGCGGUGGUUUUCCCCCUCCGCCUCAUGGCUUCCCUGGUCUUCCGGGAAUGCCCCCUCCACCCUUCGGUAUGACUCCUGGUCAGGGUCCUGCCAUGCCACCUGCGCCUGGAGGUCAAGGCAUGCCAUUCCCUCCGUUUCCACCUAACGGACAGCCCCCGCCGAAUCUUCCUAAUGGCAUGCCAUUUCCUCCCCCCGGCGGCUUUCCGGGUGGCAGACUUCCUCCGUUCCCACCUCCUGGCGCACCGGGUGGGUUUCCUCCAAAUCCAUCAGGCCCUCCAGGUGGUCCAAGUCCCGGGCCUCAACAUCAAGGCUCUGCGCCAGGACCCCCGGGCUACCAUGCUGCGCCACCUCCGCCGGGUCUAGAUGCCCGUCGUUAG